AUGGCUCGUCCCUCGGAGAAAAGCCUCGAUUGCAGCGUCUGCAAAGGCUAUUCUGCAGGCUGGAUUGACCAGGUUGAAGAAAACAUUCAUAAGCUCUUCCAUUCCGAUUGUGACAGAUGCUCCACCGAGGCUUUCGAUGAUAUUCUGUGUGACGUUUGUCGGCAUUUGAGAAUUGCCCACUUGCAUUUAUGCGUCGACUAUACGUUGAGCUGGCUUCCAGACAUUGAGAUCGGUAUUUGGAGAGAAGUGGAGGAGAGGGGUUCGCGGUGCCGCUUCUGUCAAUUUAUCAGCAACACAUGCUACGCACAACUUCAACUGAACCCCGACAACAACUCACGGGCCCGGCCGAUCAAGAUAGAUUUACGCUCAAAGUCCACAAUCGGUUUCUGGUUUUCUUUACCUGGGAUUAAGCGACAUAUCGAGAUCCACUCAUGGGUCCCAAGCAAAGGAGUUGAUAAGAUGCCCUGGCGCUCCCCUUAUGAUCCGUGCGAGUAUCCACCACCUCCGCUACAAGGAUAUGUUGACUGGGACAAAGCGCGCCGAUGGAUGCAUACAUAUUCACGUUCAAUUGCCUCUGGGAGGCCGAAAAAUCUCAAAGUUAUCGAUGUGGUCGACGAUCAAGUAGUUCAUGCCCCGACGGACUGUGAAUACCUGGCUUUGAGCUAUGUUUUCGGGGGGGUUAAAACCAUUGAAUUGCCACCAUCACGCUCUUUCAAGAGGGAUAACUUGCCUGCAACUAUCCGGGAUGCGAUACUAGCAUGCGACAGACUAGGAUACAGAUUUCUCUGGGUUGAUCAACUCUGUAUUAACCAGAGUAAUCCAUCCGAGGUACAGGAACAGAUCGCCCAGAUGAAUCACAUCUAUCGACAUGCUACCUGCACGUUGGUAGCGUUGGAGGGCGACGACUCCAAUCAUGGCCUCCCCAGAGUGACUGUGCCCCAGUCUUGGCAACACACAGUCGUGGACAUUGGUCGAAUAACCUUUUCUAAUAAAGCGCCCGCUUUACAUAAACUCAUGGACGGUAAAAGAUGGCUGACACGAGGUUGGACCCUUCAGGAGGGGUACUGCUCUUCAGCAAUGCUAUUUUUCACUAACUAUGGAGUCUACUAUUCACAUUCGUCUCCAGGACAAAUAGAGUCAGAAACAAUCUGUGAAAAGGAUUCUGCGUGGAUACUCCCCCUUGACAUGAAUUACUGGGGAACCUUGGUGCAGUACACCGAGAGAGAACUGUCCUACCAGACUGAUAUCCUGCAUGCCUUUACCGCAGUGUUACAGGCCACCCAUGGAGACCGCACUUACCAUGGCCUCCCACUCGAUUAUAUCGAUCAAGCCAUUGCCUGGGAACCGGACGAAUUCAGUUGGAAAUCAAAUUUUAUCCCUUGGAAGGUUCGAGAUGGAUUUCCAUCAUGGUCAUGGACUUCACAUGUUGGUCCCAUACGCAAAUCGACGGUAGCAGCCGGGCUUGCAAUAUGGGCCAUUCCUGAAUCAGCAACAACCGUCGCUGUAUGCAAACCCUCUCCAUUGGACGAAAAGGCACUACUGGAAUCUGAAUGGCAUGAAGGCUACAGUAGGAAGAUAGGUCUCCUGCACAAACUGGUGGUGGCGUGGCUUGGUGGAUGUGUGCCAAGGCCAUUCCCGAUCCAGAAAGAGCCCUCCUAUCCCUCCGUUGAUUUUACUCUGGCCCACAAAUAUCCAUUUGGUUUCACUGCUUAUCUCACAACCCCUGAAAGUUUGUCUCAUGGAUCUCUGCUCAUGACUCUUUACAAACGAUGGCCUACAUACAGUUCAUUCUGGCAUGAUGCAUUUGGCCACUUGGAUAUACAAAGUAUUUUUACUCCACGUGACUGUGGCCUGGCAUACGCCGCCCCUGGUAGGAUUCUAUUUCACGGUCAGAGUGCAUAUUUCUAUCUUGACACCUCCAACUUGCACCAUUCCAGCUCAACAGAGUACAAUCUGUCAAUCAGAUCCAGGAAUGGAUCUUUUGCAGGCAUGGUCACAACGCCUGAGUAUUACUCAAUGUCUAUCAAAAAUGGCGUGAUGGAAUUCAUACUAAUGUCUAUUGGAGAUUCCUAUUUCUUAUACCGGGAUCGGGGGAAUGAAUCUACACCAGAUACGGAGGUCCUUGAGAAAAUGGACAGUGGUAUAAUGCUACGUGUGAUGCUGAUCAACCGGGAUCCUGAGACGAGCGUUGCACGCCGAGUUGGAAUUGGUGCCAUAGCUCUCAAAAUCUGGGUCGAUGCAGGUCCACAGUGUAUGGAUUUCGUUAGGGACCUAGGUAAACUCGACAAUUGGAUCCCCUGUUCUGGUGUUGCCCUGGACAAGCCAUUUCUUGAGCGUACAUGGGAAGAGUCUCGGCGGAUUCUUGACAUUAAUGUCCUCGGAUUCUUCUUGUCCGCUCAGUUAGCGGCCAAGCAAAUGAUAAAAUAA